AUGGGCAAGCUUAUCAAGAACCACUGGGCUCGUCUCAUCAUGCUGACAGCCGCCACCUACCAAAUUGGUGCCGCCGUCGAGGGCUACUUCUGGCCCAAGAUCUUCUGGGACUUCCUCACCCAUUCGCUCGACGCCGCCGUCAAGCCCGCCCCCAUCCUGCAGACAAUCAACUUGGUUUUUGGCAUCGCCAUGCUCGCCCUGGAGUGGCCACUCCCCCUCCUCGCGGGAACCAGCAUCCACCGAUCCAUCGAGUUCCGCCUCGCCAUGCUUCCCCUCACUGCUCUCGCCUGCCUGCUCAUGUACCAGUCAACAAACCCCGGUCUGUACUACUUGAUCGGCAUGGGUGCUUAUUUCUGGGCUUACAGUGAAGGCGAGAUUAUCUGUGCAAAACCCUGGACUCUACCUCCACGAACAGGCAGCACAGGAGGCAAAGUCUGAGGGCAGAGACAGGAAAGUUGAAGGAGCAGUGGACGAAUUUCGCAUGUAACCAGAGAGAAACCCCAAGAAAAAAACACAUUGGAAAAUAAAGAAAGCAAGGCGAGGAAAGGAAAACGAAGGAACAAGCCAAGGAUCAACGUUGUAUGUACAGUAAUUUUUUUCGAAACCCGCGAUGAAACCCCGAGGGGAGAGGACAAGAAAGGAAGAAUCCAGUCAAGCCAAAAAUCAGCCAGCCAAAUCGAACUUCUCUACAAGAGG